UCGUUGCUCGGCAACAAUUGCUGGUCACACAGAAGCUGUACUCUCAGUUGCUUUUAGUCCUGAUGGCCAACAGUUGGCUAGCGGUUCGGGUGAUACAACUGUCCGACUAUGGGACCUUAAUACUCAGACGCCAUUGCACACAUGUACAGUGGCAGCAAGUCUGGAGAACUUCAAUGUUGGGAUCCACAGACAGGGAAGCCAUCAGGCAAUCCGCUUGUUGGCCACAAGAAAUGGAUUACUGGAAUUUCUUGGGAACCAGUCCACCUUAGCGCUCUGUGUCGACGCUUUGUAAGUGCUAGCAAGGAUGGUGAUGCACGCAUAUGGGAUGUUACAUUGAGGAAAUCUGUUAUAUGUCUUAGUGGUCACACCCUUGCAGUAACUUGUGUAAAAUGGGGUGGAGAUGGUGUCAUUUAUACAGGCUCCCAGGAUUGUACUAUCAAAGUAUGGGAGACCACUCAAGGAAAACUAAUUCGUGAACUGAAGGGUCAUGGUCAUUGGGUUAACUCUCUUACAUUGAGAACUGAAUAUGUUCUUCGUACUGGAGCAUUUGAUCACACUGGCAAGCAAUAUUUGUCUCCAGAGGAAAUGAAGAAGGCAGCUUUGGAAAGAUAUAACAAAAUGAAAGGCAAUGCCCCUGAAAGAUUGGUUUCUGGAUUUGAUGAUUUUACAAUGUUUCUAUGGGAACCUAAAACUCGCAUGACAGGUCACCAACAGCUUGUAAACCACGUCUGCUUUUCACCUGAUGGCCAAUGGAUAGCAAGUACCUCAUUUGAUAGGUCUGUCAAGUUAUGGAACGGUACUACUGGAAAAUUUGUUGCAGCUUUCUGAGGCCAUGUUGGACCUGUCUACCAGAUCAGCUGGUCGGCAGACAGUAGGCUACAUUUAAGUGGCAGCAAAGAUUCAACUCUCAAGGUUUGGGAUAUCAGGGCACGGGCACUAAAACAAGACCUUCCAGGCCAUGCAGAUGAGGUUUUUGCUGUCGAUUGGAGUCCAGAUGGUGGGAAGGUUGCUUCUGGUGGUAAGGAUAGAGUUCUGAAGCUAUGGAUGGGCUAGAUUAAUGGUAGGCCGUAGUACGAGCAACUACAUGAUUGAAAUACACAAUGGUAGUAAUUGUGCGUUGAAGUAUUUGGCACCGUAUACAUAAUGUAUAAUAUACGACUACAGGGAUACGAACAAGGAUUUGGGAAUCUAAGUAUCAGUCACAAGAAAGGUUGACAUGAAAAGCUCCUAAAUCAGCAUUAAAGUUUUUGAUGCAUUGGGUGCAAGCAUUCUGCUUGGUUGAGCAUUUUCGGAGCUGUCUGAUGUGGACCAGCUAGGCAGCUAAGUUUUCUUCAUUAGAGUUGUGCCAUAAAGUAGUUUAUAUAUUUCUUUCCUGAACUAAUAUUUGUUUUUGGUUGUAUUGGAGGGAAACGAACCCUGAACUAAUAUUUUACGUUCGUACUCUGGAAAUGUAUACCUGCAGCUGAUUCCUGUCUUCUGCUGUCAUGCCAA